CAGGGGCACCGGAGUGUGCGCCGCCUUCGGGGCUCCUCUCCGCGCGCCAGGGCGCGGGCACCACUGCGGCCCCCUCGGGCGGGCACCAGGCUCGGGGCGCCAGGAGUCGGGGGCAGCCCUCCGUGGCGCUGGGACCAUGGCGCUGCGCGCCCGGGCGCUGUACGACUUCAGGUCGGAGAACCCGGGCGAGAUCUCGCUGCGGGAGCACGAGGUGCUGAGCCUGUGCAGCGAGCAGGACAUCGAGGGCUGGCUCGAGGGGAUCAACAGCCGCGGGGACCGCGGCCUCUUCCCGGCCUCGUACGUGCAGGUGAUCCGAGCCCCCGAGCCCGGCCCGGCGGGCGACGGCGGCCCGGGCGCCCCGGCCCGCUACGCCAACGUGCCACCCGGCGGUUUCGAGCCCCUGCCCGCCGCGCCGCCCGCCUCCUUCAAGCCGCCGCCCGACGCCUUCCAGCCGCUGCUGCAACCGCAGCAGGCGCCGCCGCCGAGCACCUUCCAGCCGCCGGGCGCUGGCUUCUCGUAUGGCGGGGGUGCCCUGCAGCCGUCGCCGCAGCAGCUCUACGGCGGCGGCUACCAGGCCAGUCAGGGCAGCGACGAUGACUGGGACGACGAGUGGGACGACAGCUCCACGGUGGCUGACGAGCCGGGCGUGCUGGGUAGCGGCGCGUACCCGGACCUCGACGGCUCGUCGUCGGGGGGCGUCGGCGCUGCGGGCCGCUACCGCCUGUCCACGCGCUCCGACUUGUCGCUGGGCUCCCGCGGCGGCUCGGCGCCCUCGCAGCACCACCCAUCGGGGGCCAAGAGCUCGGCCACCGUGAGCCGCAACCUCAACCGCUUCUCCACCUUCGUCAAGUCGGGCGGGGAGGCCUUCGUGCUGGGCGAGGCGUCGGGUUUCGUGAAGGACGGGGACAAGCUGUGCGUGGUGCUGGGGCCCUACGGCCCCGAGUGGCAGGAGAACCCCUACCCCUUCCAGUGCACCAUCGACGACCCCACCAAGCAGACCAAGUUCAAGGGCAUGAAGAGCUACAUCUCCUACAAGCUGGUGCCCACGCACACGCAGGUGCCAGUGCACCGGCGCUACAAGCACUUCGACUGGCUGUAUGCGCGCCUGGCCGAGAAGUUCCCCGUCAUCUCGGUGCCCCACCUGCCCGAGAAGCAGGCCACCGGCCGCUUCGAGGAGGACUUCAUCUCCAAGCGCAGGAAGGGCCUGAUCUGGUGGAUGAACCACAUGGCCAGCCACCCGGUGCUGGCGCAGUGCGACGUCUUCCAGCACUUCCUGACCUGCCCCAGCAGCACCGACGAGAAGGCCUGGAAACAGGGCAAGAGGAAGGCCGAGAAGGAUGAGAUGGUGGGCGCCAACUUCUUCCUGACCCUGAGCACACCCCCCGCUGCCGCCCUCGACCUGCAGGAGGUGGAGAGCAAGAUCGACGGCUUCAAGUGCUUCACCAAGAAGAUGGACGACAGCGCGCUGCAGCUCAACCACACGGCCAAUGAAUUCGCGCGCAAGCAGGUGACGGGCUUCAAGAAGGAGUAUCAGAAGGUGGGCCAGUCCUUCCGCGGCCUCAGCCAGGCCUUUGAGCUGGACCAGCAGGCCUUCUCGGCCGGCCUGAACCAGGCCAUCGCCUUCACCGGAGAUGCCUACGACGCCAUCGGCGAGCUCUUCGCCGAGCAGCCCAGGCAGGACCUGGACCCCGUCAUGGACCUGUUAGCGCUGUAUCAGGGGCACCUGGCCAACUUCCCCGACAUCAUCCACGUUCAGAAAGAACUCACUUACAAAACCAUUUUACAAACAAGGAAACUGAGGCUUCCAGACAUUCCGUGACGGUCGCAACAGCCAGCAAGAGGCAGAGUUGGGAUUUGAACCCAGGUCCACUGACCCCACAGCUCGGGUUGCUCCUAUUUGAGAACAGAGGCGCAAGUGCUUGAGCUGAGGAGGAGGUGGCGGUGAUAUUCCCCCCGAGGACCAGCCCUGUCCCCCAUCCUCACCGCCCCGGGACCCGGCAGUGAUCGAGGCCUGGGCAGUAAGUGCAUUAGGACUGUGCUUGGAGAACAGAGGACCUCUGGGACUCGCCAGGUUUGUGAAUCACACUAAACUGCAUCUUAUGAAAGAAAGGAAAUGACAAAACUCUGCGUUCGCACCACCAGCACAAGUGGUGGGCCUUCUUGUGAGGGCUGUUUUCCACAAAGACAGCCCUGUGUUCUGGUUCCAGGAGAACAGAGGUGUCGGCCGCAGGAGGACCGGCUCUGCUCAGCCGCGGGCCUGCUUCCGCGCAGCCCGCCCAAUUCGAAUCAGCACCUGGGCAGCAGGACCCACGGUCGCACGUCACUCCCUACCCAGCCCUUUGUGAUCAGCCAUCGUUUUGACUGUCAGAUCCACAUAUGCCAGGUUGCGGCUGUGUGUUCUCCCUACACACAACUGGCAGAGUUUGAAAGGCACAAGCUGAGCUCCAGGAAUCAAGAGGAAAGCUAGCCUCCGAGUGGGUGGCCAAGGGGGGUCUCACAGGUCAAGACCAGGAACUCACCAUCAUGGAAGCUGUUGGGAGUCUGAAGCCCUAAAUAAGAUGACAAAGUCACCAGUUGCCAUGCUGGUUCUUUCACUCCUUCAAUACGAAGACUUUGAAUGGAACCGGACCACAUGCCUUCUGACCAGCGCGUCCUCUCUCCUUUACUCUGUGGGAAACCAAAUCAUCAUCAAAAGGUUGCUGUGAAAAAGGUAGUUACCCCAACAUCAACACACCUUUGAGCCGCUUACCUUCGAAAACGUGAUGAAGCCAUUGGUACAAUAGAGAUAUCCUAGAUGCUUAUUCAUUUGUUUGAACAAAUACUUACUGAAUGCCUAUUUUCCAGGCAUUGUUCUCGGCACUGGGAAUACAGCAGUUAACAAAAACCAACCCAAAUCCCUGCCCUCAUGAAUUUACAUUCUAGUGGGGGAGACAUAAUAAUCAAAUGUAUUAGUGAAAUAUAGGAUAUUUAGAUGAUUAUAAGUGGCAUGGAGAAAAAUAAAGUGGGGUGGGGAAUGAGUAGUGAGGGGUGGGGAAUGAGUAGUGAGAGGUGGGAGAAUUUGUUACUUUAAAUAUGGUUGGUCAGGACAGGCCUCCCAACCUGAAGUAAAGACCUGAAGGACUUGAGAGCCCUGUGGAUACGCAGGGGAAGAACAUUCCAGAGCAUCAACAGCAAGUGCAAAGGCCCCAAGGCCAGGGCACAACCAGCGUGUUUGAAGCACAGCAGGAAGGCAGUGUGGGAUGGGAGUGGGGAGCCAGGGGUAGGGGUAGAGGUGGUGCAGGGCUGAGUAGGAGGAGAAGAAGCCCAGAGGUGGGACUCCAGGUCAUAGAAGGCUACAGGCUGUUGGGAGGACUUUGGCUUUUACUCUGAGUGAGAUGGAAGCCAAUGAAGGGUUUGAGGGGAAAAGAGCACGAUCCGCCUCAUGUUUCGACAGGGUAACUUAGCUGCUCACUGGGGCCAGCAAAGGCAGAAGCAGAGAGGCCAGUUAGGAGGCUUUGUGAUAAUCCAGACACAGUGGGGGCCACACUAAAAUGGAGGCAGCGGAGGCUGAGGACAGUUGGGUUGAGUCCCCUGACCAGGGCGCCAUGUCCCCAGUACGGAGCUUAGCAAGCCCAGGAACAGUGCCUUCCUUGUUUCCUGUGCCCCCAUAUGGCUGAUGACCACCCCUUCUGACUAGAUAACUGCUUACUCUAUAAUGUCACCGUCUGUCUUGCUCUGAUUUCAGGACCAUUCAUUCUCCUUAGCAUGGCUCUUCUAUUAAGCAUUGAUUUUGUAACUCAGCUCUCAGAGAACACUCUUAUUUAAGUCCCUAGGGGCCCCUCCAUCACUGUCCCCAGGUAUAAGAGCCUGACUAGAGGUCUGACACAGAAAAUUGACUUCCAUAGUUCUGGGUGCAUGCAUCUGUAUUACAGCAGUAGAUUGGCUAUCCUGGUCACGGCCUGAGAAUCUUGUCUCUCUCUUGGUACAGUGAUGUCUGCCUGGUCACCAUGGUGGUUACCUCUGACCAGUGCUGGUGUCUCCAACAUAGGGGUUGUGGACCCAGCGCUUGCCUCUCCAUCCACCCUGGGGACCUCCUAACUGCCUGGUCAGGAUGCUGUCACGUGAUAUUUGCAAACUGAAUUGACAAACUUUAACAGACUGUUCACAAUUCUUUUGGAUUCCUUCCCACUAUGCAACUGUGUGCAAACACUAGAUGCAUUGCUCUUCAUGGUUGGGCCUUCACCAUGCUCUGUGCUCUGCCCGCUGGGUGCCCAGGGUGCCCCUGCAGUACCACUGUCUGUCCUUGGUGAGCCUUUUUACUGAAGCUUCCUUUGGCUCCCUUUUGUUCCUUUGUCAUUUGUUUUCGUUUUUUACUAGUGUGUGUCUUUUAAUAAAUAUCUGUAAAUGAGUUGAUAAAACUUUAAGGGAUUCCUGUCUCAGUCUCUCCUACUUUCAUUUACGGUAUUUUUUGACCCUGGUUUUACCUUAUCAUCACUUGAGGAACUUUAAAAAGUGUUAAGAUGCCUGGACCCCACUCUAGACCAAAUGAAUCAGAAUCUAGAGAGUGGGGCACAGGCUUCAGCCUGUUUUAAAAGCUCCCCAGAUGAUUUUGAUGCACAACUUGGCUUUCUUUCUUCCAGUCAACAUAAACAGGGCCUGGCACCGGCAGGCUGUUGCAGCUUCUCAUUCACCAAGGCACUCAAAGUUUCCCUCUACAUGAGGUCUUACAGAGUCAUAACCAGGGAAGGGAUUGAAAGAAGAAAACGUUCAUUAUAUAAAUUCAAAUCUCUGUUCCAGUCCCAGAACACAUGCUCUGUCCUGAACUUGGAAUGAAUAAGUAAUUUUAUUUCAUUGUAUUUUGUAUGUGUUAAAAGGAACGAUCUGUUAAAUAUAAAUCAUU